AUGGCAGCCGAAAUGGAGCUUAAUCUCUCCGAAAAGAUCGAGGCCACCGCCCCAAAAAAGAUACCAUUCUGGCGCUUGAUCUCUGACCAGGGAGUCGUCACACAAGAGAUCAUUGAUCACCCAUAUUCCGGCCCAGGAACCUACGAGGACCCAUUCGCAGUAACAUGGAUCGUCAACGACCCGCGCAAUCCAAUGAACUUCAGCGAGGUGAAGAAAUGGUCCUUCACCAUUGUGGUUGCCGUUGCAACCUUGGCCGUCUCAUUGGUCUCAUCCGCCUACACUGGCGGUGUUAAAGAGAUCAUGCUGCAGUUCGAUAUCGGGAAAGAACUGGCUACUCUCGGUGUCUCGCUUUUCGUUCUUGGUUUUGCGACUGGACCAUUACUUUGGGCUCCACUGAGCGAGCUGUUCGGCCGCCAGAUCCUGUUCAUCACUACCUACGCCGCCCUCACGGCUUUCAAUGCUGGUGCCGCAGGUUCCCAAAAUGCCUGGACCCUUAUUGUUCUUCGAUUCUUGGCAGGUUCCUUUGGAUCGUCGCCUUUAACCAAUGCCGGUGGUGUCAUUGCGGACAUGUUCCCCGCUAAGCAGAGAGGUGUUGCUAUGACUUUAUUUGCCGCCGCACCUUUUCUGGGCCCCGUCAUUGGCCCUAUCGCUGGUGGAUUUAUUGGCAUGAGCAACGGCGGCUGGCAAUGGGUCAUGGGUUUCCUUGCCGUCUUCUCUGGUGCGAUCUGGAUCAUUGGUUCCCUGUUAAUCCCCGAAACCUAUGCGCCUGUGCUCCUUCGUCGCCGCGCGGAAAGACUCUCAAAGCUGUCCGACAAGAUCUAUCGGAGUAAGAUCAAUAUCGAGCAAGGCAAGAUUUCCCUUAAGGAGUCCUUCAAAGUCUCCCUCUCUCGCCGUUGGAUUCUCCUGUUCCGCGGGCCUAUCGUUUUCCUUCUAUCCCUAUACAUGGCUGUCUUGUACGGUAUCCACUGGGCGUCAUCAAUCCCCGCAUUCCUUGCUCUCGCAUGCGUGCCCUUUCCAUUCCUUUUCUACAAGUACGGCCCUACAAUCCGCACCCGCUGCAAGUUUACGGCCCAGUCUGAGGCCUUCAUGCGCAAGAUCCAGGAGCAGGUUACUACCGAGCCGCGGGAAGACGAGGAAGUGGGUUACAAUUGCACCAAUGUCCCCGCGUUAGAGGACUCGGUAUCCAGCGAGACUGAGAACGGUGUUGAUGAGCUGCCCUCUGCGGAGCGUAUUCGCAGCCGUGUUCAUUCUGUCACUUCGGCUCGCACGGCCGGUUCAUUGCAUCGCUCCACCACCUAUGAAGCAAACCCUUACGAGAUUGACCGUGUCAAUACCCCGAUCCGCUACGCCGCCAAAUUCAUGCACCAAACCGGUCUACUUGUCCAGUUUCAACAUACUGAGCAAGAAGAAUCUGAUGAUGAAGCUGAAGACCUGAACUUUGAGGUCAUGGAGUAG